AAAUUUCAUGUUCCCCUUUUGCAGUUUACCUCGGUCAUCAUCGAUCUGCCAAUUGUUUCACACUUGACUCUUAAUUCUUCUGCAGAACCCAAAAUCUUGAUUUUUUUCCAUUUUUUUAAUCCCGAAUCGGUUUUUGUUCAAUUGGUACAUACAUAUAACAAAAAAGCUUGUAUUGAUUUCUGAUGGCGGAUAACUCCAAGGAAGAUUCUCUGCAGUUGAUCAAGCGUCUCGGAGCUUUCCUCACCCUCAAGCUCUCCAAUCUCUUUCGCCACAUGGACUCGAGAUCCGUUGGGGCGAUAGCGGGGCUAGCAUUUGCAAUAGUUUUUACUUGGAGACUUCUAUCAACACCUCAAAGAAGGCAACCUAAACCACAAGCUCCGGAAGCUUCUACUAGUUCCGCUGCUGUACAUAGUCGUGAAACCAUCAACGCGAAUACCAAUCCUACACAAGAUACCACCCAGAAUGUCAUCGAUGAGUUUUUUCAGCCCGUCAAGCCAACUCUCGGACAAAUUGUUAGGCAAAGGUUAAGUGAUGGAAGGAAGGUAACAUGUCGAUUAGUUGGUGUUAUCCUUGAGGAAAGCAGUCCCGAGGAGCUGCAGAAGCAAGCAACGGUGAGAUCAUCUGUUCUUGAGGUGCUGCUCGAGAUCACAAAGUUUUGUGACCUUUAUCUCAUGGAAAGGGUACUCGAUGAUGAAAGCCAAAACAAAGUCCUCGUAGCUUUGGAAGAAGCCGGGGUUUUCACAUCUGGUGGCUUAGUCAAAGACAAGGUUCUCUUCUGCAGCACGGAGAGUGGACGAACAUCUUUUGUGAGACAACUGGAACCUGAUUGGCACAUCGAUUCCAAUCCCGAUAUUAUUACCCAGUUAUCUAGGUUCAUCAAAUAUCAGCUUUAUAUCUCCCAAGUCAAGCUUGAACGACCGGCGUCGAAUGUGGUCACAGCGACAUGCUUGGAACAAUUCUUUGGAUGUGUCUAAUCUUGUUGUGCAAUAAAAUAGUAAGGGAAAUAAGUUUUCGUGCAGAUUAUAUAUUAUUUGGUUGUUUCGUCUUUCUUUUGAUCACUUGCGUUUUCUGAUGAUUCUCAGACAAGGGUCGGUGUUAGAAGCGAAAAGUUCUUCUCAUACAAGUAUAAAACUUCAGAUCAGUUGAUUAUAUUGAUUCAAAUUGUAAUGUUUAAUAAUGUAUUAUGGUAUAGAAAGAAUUUUGGUCCUUGCUUGAAACUUUUUUUGUUUUAAUUAACCCGAAUUAAGUAACACCUGUGUGGUUCAUGUCAUCAGCACCUAACUAUACAGCAUCAUCUUCUUUAGAUUAGUUGGAAUUGAAUAUUGUGUAAUUAGCAAUAAUUAUCAGAGAUAUUGUGGUGUAUUCAA